AUGGACUGUAAUCAUCUAUUAAAGCUGGGAAUGAAUGCAAAGAAGCUUUUGGAGAAUGGCAAGGGAAUUCUUGCGGCAGACGAGACGCCUUGUACAUUGGGGAAGCGAUUUUCAAAUCUUGGGAUUGAAAACACUGCAGAAAACAGGAGGCGAUUCAGGGAGCUUUUGUUUGGGGCUGAGCAGAUUGAUAAGUACAUAAGCGGAGUUAUUUUCCAUGAAGAAGCGCUUGGACAGACUGACAAUAACGGAUCGAUGCUAACAGGCGUGCUUUUGAAGAAAAACAUUGCAAUUGGGAUAAAGCUUGAUAAGGGAUUGAUCGAUUAUAAGGAACGAGAGAAAAUAUCUGUAGGAUUGGAGGAUUUGGAUCUGAGGUGUAAAUCUCCUGAAUUCAAGGAUGUGACAUUUGCAAAGUGGCGCUCUUUGUUUUAUUUUGACAAUGAAAUUCCAUCACAGGACUGUAUUAAUGAUAAUUGCGAGGUCUUGGCGAAGUACGCAAUAACAUGUCAAAAGAAUGGCCUUGUUCCAAUUGUUGAACCCGAGAUCUUUUUUGAAGGAGAUUACACAAUUGAGAGGGCAUUUGAGAUGUCCAGAAGGAUUUUGAGCACUCUAGUGAUGUAUUUGAACUAUGAAUCUGUAUACAUGCCUGGUUUACUGAUCAAACCGAGUUUUGUGACUGCAGGAUCAAUAAACAGCAGUGAAUGUACACCGAGGAAGGUUGCUUCUUUGACAUUCAAGGCCCUUCUAUCAACAAUUCCCUGUGCAGUGCCUGGAAUUGUGUUUUUGAGUGGAGGACAAGGCACAGAGAAUGCAAUGAAGUAUCUUAAUGCUCUGAAUUUGGAGAGGGGAUGCAGGACAUGGGCAUUGAGCUUUAGCUUUGCAAGGGCGCUUACUCAAAAUGUUCUGGAGGCAUGGGCAGGCAUUGAUGAGAAUGUACCUGAGGCACAACGAAUACUGCUUGAGAAUGUGCUUAUGGCAUCAAAAGCAUCAAAUGGAGAGCUUAAAGUUCUUGAUGCUGAAUGCAUUGAUGAAUAA